AUGUCGCGUCGACAGCCCGCCAAGCCGCGCCUACAUUCGCGAAAUCGUCCACAGGCGCCGGAACCGGUUUCCGCACCGGAACCUACACCGGCGCCCGAACCUGAACCACAAGCGCCCUCUGAUGACGAGAAAGAAUCAGAAUGGAGACCGUCUCGACCUCCGUCUCCACCGCAACGAAACGAAGAUAUAUCUGAAGGCUCGGAGGCUACAGUUCGAGCGGUGAGACCGGAACCGACAAGUCGCUACGCUAAUUUAAACUAUUGGAAGGCGCGACGCGUCACAUUCUACCGCAAUGGCGACCCGUUCCAUCCCGGGGUCGAGUUCCGUUUCAAACCGGGAAGAGACCUCGUAUCGAUGGACGCGCUACUCGACCGCUUGUCAGAGAGGUUGGAGUUGCCGAGGGGAGCGAGAUUCAUCUUCGGUAUGGACGGAGACAGAAAGUACAGACUGGAAGAACUCGAAGAUGGAGCUUCGUACGUCGUGUCGUCAUAUAAAACAUUUAAGGCGGCGAGCUACGGUAAGAAGAACGGCAUGUGGUACGGCGGGACUGGUACGGGUACGAGUGGGUGGGCUCGAGCGAGCGUCCGCAAGCAGUCUGUGGCGGAAUCUGAUGCGCCCCCGCCUGGUGGCGGCAAGCCCUCCAGUGGACGAGUUAUCAGGAUCAUCAACAAUAUGGACCACUCCAUUCAGUGUCGCGUUUUAUUGAACCUCCGAACGACGCAGCCAUUCGAAGAAGUCUUAGAAGAUUUGGGACAAGUAUUAAAAAUGAGUGGUGCAAAAAGAAUGUAUACAAUUACAGGCCAAGAGGUCAGAAGUUUCUCUCAGCUUCGUAACGAGUUCGCAGACGUAGAGACAUUCUAUCUGGGAUCUGUUGUUGUGCCUCCAGCACUCAGCCCAAUCGUUACCGCACCGCUGCCUAUUGAGUCACCUAUCAGAAGAUCUCGCUCAAGAGCUACGGUAGCUUCACUGCCGAUAUCAGAAGAUUCCAGAGGCAGGCGAGCGCGGAGCAAAAGUAGGCCGAGAGUUUUGUAUGCCCCUGAAGGAGAAAUUAUCCGUAACUCAGACUAUACAUUGUUAGAAGUACUAAAAGAGGAACCAAUGCGUGUGACGAUCCGAGGCCUGCGUCGCACGUUCUACCCACCCAUACAUCACGCGCCCAUCGACAAUUCGCCGCCGGACAAGAAGAUGCAACUCGACUGGGUUUAUGGGUACAGAGGGGCGGACUCUCGUCGCAACCUGUGGGUGCUACCGACAGGCGAACUGCUGUACUACGUGGCUGCCAUUGCAGUUAUGUAUGACCGCGACGAGGACUCGCAGCGUCAUUACACCGGGCACACUGAAGAUAUACAAUGCAUGGAGCUGCAUCCGUCCCGCGAGCUGGUGGCGAGCGGGCAGCGCGCGGGGCGCGGGCGGCGCGCACAGGCGCAUGUGCGCAUCUGGAGCGCGGACUCGCUGCAGACACUGCACGUGUGUGGCAUGGCCGAGUUCGAGGCCGGCGUCUCCGCUGUCGCCUUCUCCCAGCUGAACGGAGGUAGCUACGUGUUGGCCGUGGACGCCGGCCGAGAGAGUAUUCUCUCCGUUUGGCAAUGGCAGUGGGGACAUUUACUUGGAAAAGUUGCCACGCUGCAAGAAGAAUUGACAGGCGCAGCUUUUCAUCCUCUGGACGACAAUCUGCUUAUCACUCACGGGAAAGGACAUCUCGCUUUCUGGAAUAGGCGAAAAGAUGGCUUUUUCGAGCGCACAGAUAUUAUUAAACCGCCUUCUCGCACCAACGUGACCGCGCUGCAGUUCGAGCAGGACGGCGACGUGGUGACAGCGGACAGUGAUGGCUUUAUCACUGUAUACAGUGUUGAUAGCGACGGCGCUUACUUUGUGCGUAUGGAGUUUGAGGCACAUAUAAAGGGAAUAAGUUCUUUAGUAAUGCUCUCUGAAGGCACUUUGAUAUCUGGUGGUGAAAAAGACAGGAAGAUAGCAGCUUGGGAUUCUUUGCAAAAUUAUAAACGAAUCACCGAAACUAAGCUGCCAGAAACAGCAGGUGGUGUCCGAAGUAUUUACCCACAAAGACCAGGUCGUAAUGACGGCAAUCUUUACAUUGGCACAACGAAAAAUAAUAUCCUUGAAGGGUCAUUGCAAAGAAGAUUUAAUCAGAUUAUAUUCGGACAUCACAAAUUACUGAUGGGCAUGGCGGUGCACCCGGAUGACGAAAUGUUUGCGACCGCUGGCAACGACAAAAACAUUGCGCUUUGGAAAGGACACAAACCUAUAUUUGUUACUCAGGUGGGGUACGAAUGCGUGUCUCUUGCGUGGCAUCCCAGCGGCGGGGCGCUCGCGGCUGGAAGCACUGAAGGUCACCUCGUCGUGCUGAACGCAGACGCCGGAUCACACGUGGCGACACUCAGAGUUUGCGGAUCGCCGCUAAACUGUCUGCAGUAUAAUACAGCCGGUGACACGUUAGCAAUAGGAUCUCAAAACGGCAGUAUCUAUUUGUUCCGAGUGUCUCGAGACGGGUUUUCAUAUAAAAAAUUAAACAAAAUCCGCGGCGCACAGCCGCUUGUGCAACUCGACUGGAGUAUGGACGGCAACUAUCUGCAGACAGUCACCGCCGACUAUGAUCUAUCAUUUUGGGAUAUAAAAGCAUUAUCUCCAGAAAAGAGUCCGAUAGCGAUGAAAGACGUGAAGUGGUCAACAUACAAUGCUACAGUCGGAUUCCUCGUGUCAGGAAUGUGGAACAACCGUUUUUACCCUAUGACGUCACUGAUAACGACUGCCAGUCGCUCCUCUGCCCACGACCUUUUAAUUAGUGGCGAUUCUGAUGGAUACUUACGUAUAUUUAGAUAUCCUUGUGCAAGUCCGAAAGCGGAAUAUAAUGAAGUGAAAGUAUAUUCGGGAGCAGUUCACAACGCCCGCUUCCUGUUCAAUGACCGGUGCUUGAUCAGCACCGGUGGUUCCGACGCCGCGCUCAUGCUGUGGGAGCUGGUGGAUGAAUAGCAUAUGGCCACGCAGGCGCUCCAGCCGCCUGCACUCGUGGUUGCUCCCCCCACGCCCUCGCCACAGCACAAUGGUGUACGAAACCCGACCUUCCGAGUACUCGAAUAUGACGAUUUUGAUUGAAUCGCUGUACUGUAUAAGU